UUAGUUAGUAAUUAUUAUUUCUGAAAGUAAAAGUAGAAUUCACCAAAUUUAGCGCUCAAAGAUUUAAACUAAAUAACAAGAAAACUCGUUUCUCUUGGAAUGUUAUUCAAUUGUUAUACCUUUUAAAGACUAUCAUUCGGUGCUAUGGAUAAGAAUUUUACAUAUAAUUUGACGUUUUUUAUUGAUGAAAACGGUACUCGUACGAGAUGGACACUUCAAAGUGAACAACCACCAAAAUUCAAUGAGGCUCUAAUGACAAGAACUAUUGUGUUUAGUCUAAUGUUUUUAAUGGCUUUGAUAGGAAACACAGCCACAAUAAUCCAAAUGUACAGAAUACGGAAGAGAAGAUCAACGAUAAAUAUAUUAAUUGUUAAUUUGGCAGUAGCUGAUUUGUUAAUUACAUUUUUUAUAAUGGGAGUUGAAGCCGCAUGGGCUUCGACAGUCCAGUGGUAUGCCGGAAACGUCAUGUGUAAACUUGUUAAAUUUGGUACUGCUACAGGUUUACUUGCGUCAACCUAUAUUACUGUUGUGAUCAGUUUGGACCGAUGUUGCGUAAUAAUGGACCCUAUCAGUCGUCACAAAGCUCCAAGACGAGUCAAAAUCAUGAUUGUUAUAUCUUGGAUACUCAGUGCCUUAUUUAGUUUACCUCAGGUUUUCAUUUUUAGUGUACUAAGAGGGCCAUUUGAGGAAGAUUUUUAUCAAUGUAUAGACAAAACCUACCCGAUGAAGCAAUAUCAGAAAAUGUACAACUUAUUUUCAUUGAUAACCCAGUUUAUGGUACCUUUAGGAAUAAUGGUUGUGUCGUAUGGUCUUAUAUUUUAUACAAUAUCUAAAUCAUCUAAAGAUUUCAGAGAGCCAGAAAAUGUUUCUUCGUCAUCAGAUAUUGCUAGAGGACAUGUUAGAAAUGUGUUUAUGCGGAAGGCUAAGCGAAAAGCAUUGAGAAUGUCAAUUUUUAUUGUUGGAACAUUAAUCAUAUGCUGGUUCCCUUACUAUGUCAUAUUUACCAAAAAAGUCUUCAGUGAUUCAGAGGAAACAUAUGAUAACACAUUAUUAACAGUUUUAACAACGAUUGGUCAGUCUAAUUCAGUAUUGAACCCUAUCAUAUAUGGAGCUUUCCAUAUGUGCAAGUUGCAUAAACCAAGAUUUAUGAAAAGAAACACAUCACCAGGUACAUGCGAUAAAAUGCCUUUUAUUCGUCGCAACCCAAAAACAGACGACGAACCAGCAAACGGUACAAAUAUGACAUUGCUAGGCAUGAGGCGGAAUACUGUUAUAAUGUGUAAAUGUAAUCAAACACCAGUUGUGUUACAAGAAUCAACAGUUCCAUGUAUCAUUAUUAUGUGUAAAUGUGAGGAAGGAGUAAAACCAAUAUCAGAGGAGGUGACAUCGUCUGGUGACACGUGAUAAACCACAACAACAUGUUACAUAUAUGUCAUGAAGGUGUCAAUACGAUGCCGGAGAUAUCGAAGUGAAAGUUAUUUUCAUAUAUUAUUGAAAUUAUCUUAUCAGGAUUUGAAGGUCAAACCCGUCUUGUCUAUUACUUUGUUUAUUUUCGGACAUUGGUAUUACCAUGAUAUAUUUGAAGUCGACAUUUUAUCGUUCCAGAAAAAGAUUUAAUUAAAUAUGUCAAACAUAUAAUUGGGUUCGUCAGACUCAUGCUUUGUCUACAUUGUAAAACUGAUCGGUAAAGUCGUAAAAAGGAAUUCGUUUCUUUCUAGCAGCAAAAAAACGUUAAUGGCGAAAUUAAUUCAAAUAUUAACGAUAUUAAAGACCUAUUUGUGGCAUCAACGUGUAGUUAAUACUGUCAGAAUACAACACAUAGAAGAUGAUCUUUUCUUUGCAUCUUACUGGGGUAAACCUGUUCAUAUUUUGUUUGAUACGUCUUUAUCUGUAUUCGAUUGAAAUGUCAUGAGGUAUAUUUUACAAACAAAGAAAUCUUAUGUUCUAUUCAAACUGUUAGGAGGGGGUUUAAUAUAGGAUAUACAAAAUCUUAAUCAACAGAUUACAGUUUUUAAUUUUCAAAUCGAUGUAUUAAGAAAAAACGACAUGUCAUUUGUAGUAUGCUUUACCUAUGUAUUUUUGCAAUUACUUGCAUAGAGCUACUAUUAUAUAUAUGGGUAAAGUAUAAGGUGUUUAGUAGAUACGAAAUAAAUAUAAAAAGACAUGAAAGGAACUUGAUUUGACAACCAUAGAAAAAUAAAAACUCAUGGAAAUUUAAACAUAUAGGUUGUUGUCAUGACUGCAAACUAUAGUUUAUGGCGUUCAUUGUCACUGAACUAGUCUAUAUAUAUAUAUAUUUGUUGAGAGGUCAGCUGAAGGACGCAUCCGGGUGAGAAAAUUUCUCUAUGCAUUGAAGACCUGUUGGUGACCUUCUGAUGUUGUCUGUUCUAUUGUCGAGUGGUUGUCUCUUUGACACAUUCCCCAUUUCCAUUCUCAAUUUUAUAUACAUUUGUUUUACAUUGAUUAUCUUCAAAGAUAUUUGUGUACCUUAAGAUUUAACUUUGUUUAUAUGGUUUGUUUGUUGUCUCGAUGAUUCAAAUUCAACAUCCUUUUUGGUUUACUAUGAUAUAGAAAGAAAUAGACACCCCCCUUUCAGAAAAAAUGUAAUAAGCUGGUACAAAUAGUUUUUUAUUUGAAUUUUUAACCAUCGUUCUGAUUAUUCCAGGACUUUCUGAAAUAUAUUGUAUCUCUCUAUCGUAUCAAAAUUAUAAAUACUCAAAUCAAUCAAUAUUAAUAUUGCUGUAUUCUAUUAAUCUGACAGCUGAUUGAAUGAAAAUUAUUCGCAGAAGUUUAUUUUUUUGGUUUAAUGUAUAUGUUUAACUGUCUUUCAAUUUGUGUCUGCUUAAUUGAUGAAAUAAUAGCUGGAACAAGGGGGAUAAUAAUCUGUUAAAUAGAAUGUUGAUUUGUUUUAUUGGUGUUUCA